AUGGCCUGCUCCGACCUCUGCCGCCCCUGCGGACCCACCCCGCUGGCUAACAGCUGCAACGAGCCCUGUGUCAGGCAGUGCGAGGACUCCCGCGUCGUCAUCCAGCCUCCCGCCGUGCUCGUCACCCUGCCAGGACCCAUCCUCAGCUCCUUCCCCCAGAGCACCGCCGUCGGAUCCUCCUCAUCGGCUGCCGUGGGCAACGUCCUCAGCUCCCAGGGAGUGCCCGUCUCCUCCGGAGGCUUCGGCUACGGCUACGGCUUGGGCGGCCUGGGCUGCUUCGGCGCCGGAAGGGGCUGCUACCCCUGCUAAGGGCCCUCACCACCACCCCUGACACCAACCACCCACACCCUGGAAGCC